GCGCGCCUCCUUCAUCUCACACCUCCACGAGCGGCGCGUCCCCUCCACCUGCGUCUCGCCUCUCCUCAUCACUCUCUCUUUUCCUCACCACUGUCUCUUACGAGCCACAGACAUGGCCCGGCUCAGCGAGCUGCCCAGCUCGGCGCCCGCCGACGUCGCCGAGGGCUCGUCUGCCGCCGCGCUGGCGGCCGAGGUGCCGGCAGAUGCACCUGCGGAUGCAGCUGCCGACGGCGAGGAGGAUGAGGAAGACGAGGAUGGCGACGGCUAUGAAGUCGAGGCGAUCCUGAGCCACGAGAAGAACCGCAUUAUCAAGGGCGAGAUUGCCUACCUCUGCUCGUGGAAGGGCUACUCGCCCGAGGACAACAGCUGGGUGACGGCGAGCGAUGCAGUCGGCAUGAAGGAGUUGACCGACAUCUACUGGGCCAAGCAAAAGAAGGCCACCGAGAUCGUCAAGCACAAGACAUCCUUCUCCGGCUCGGCACUCAAGGGCGCCGGCACUCGCGGCCGCACGUCUCCUGCGGCGAAGGAGACGCCCAAGAAGACGCCUGCUCGCGCUGCAGCGGCCGCAGCGACUGCGUCGUCGGCUAUCAACUCGGGCAAGAAGCGCGGACGUCCGCCUGGCGGCUCCGCUAAGAAUGAUGCGGCAAUCGAUGAGGCUCUCGAGGCGCGUGACUCUCGCAAGCGCUCGCGUACGGCAGCCGCGGCCAACCUCUCGCGCAACGCAGAGGACGACCCGAAGGACUUGGAGGCAGAUGAAGAUGCGGACGACAGUGAUCUGGUGGCGCGCUUUGGGGCGGAGGAGGUGGAGCGUAGGAAGCGCAUUCGCCAGGCGCAAAAGUACGAGGCCCUCGCGGACUGGGAGAAUGUGGUGCACCACGUCGAGACGGUGGAGAAGCUCGACAACGGAAAGCUCGUCGCCUUCGUCAUCUUCGAGGACGGGGAACGACACUGCUACGAGGCACCAGUGACGAACCACCGCUGCCCGCAGAAGAUGAUUGCGUUCUACGAGUCCAAGCUGCGCUUCAAGCCCGAGGCAUCCGCGGCUGCCAACCUGCUCAAGAUUGAGCGCAUGGAGAACGACGCGCGUGCUCGCGCACUCAAAGCAGCAGACGCCGCGCUCGCGGCGCAGAACAUCGAGGCAGCACGCGCUGCUUCCUCUCCCUCGGGCACGCAGCAGCCGCAGGAGGACAGCCAAGACGCGGCGGAUGCCGCAGCUGAACUUACGGAGGAGGCGGCGCCGGCCGAGCAGGCGGCCGCGACUGAGGCCGCGACGCAGGAAGAUGGAGCGGCACCGGCUUCUGGGAGCGUCGCUGCUGCUGCUGCGGAGGAGGAGGAGAACGUGUCGAUGAGCGCGCCCAACGGCACGAACGACAGCGACGCCGCGGCGUCGACGGAGGCGCUGCCUUCUGGCUCUCUGCUGCCUGCCGGCGCAGAGGUGGGCGCAGCGGCAGAUGGCGAUGUCGAGAUGGACGAGGCCGCGCCCAUUCCUUCCUCGGCUGCGGCGGGCAUCAACGGCACGGAUGCUGCCUCGGACGCCGCAGUGGCGCCGACUUCUUCAUCGGCCGACACUUCCUCCGUCGCGACGCCCGCCGCCGCCGCCGCUGCUGCUGCUCCUGCGGCCAUUGGCGCACUGGAUGCCCCACAGGCACCGGCUGCUCCUGCCAUCUAAUUCUCGGCCUUUCGAAAGGGCCUGCAUCGUCCACUCCACUACUACUCUGCUUUGCUCGUCACGACUACUUUUCCCAUGCCUCGCUCGCUUCUCGCUCUCGCAAUACCAAAGCCCAU